AUGAGUGAAAGGUUUAGACCAGGUGAUAUUUUCUCCGGUUAUUAUUUUCCUGGAGUUCUAUGUGGCAGAGCCGUCUCCUUCAAAAAGGAUAUAUACCAACUAUUACAAAAAUAUUGGGAUGAAAUUAGUAAAACACAGUACUUAUAUGAAGCAAAUAAAUGUGGAACAUUUGGUAUUUUAUCAAGAUUAUUUAAAGAAAAUCGUUUUAGUAGUAUCCACUUUAAUACAGAAUUGGAACAACACAAUGAAUGUUUUGAGAUUCUUAUAGGAGUUACAAUAGCGGUAUUUAAAAUUCAAUGCCCAUUUGAAAUAAGAAAAAAUAUUCUUGAAAAGAAUUUAGUUCUUCUAGAUGAAUUAGAACAGGGAUUAUCUGGAUAUAAUUGCGAUAACAAGAAUUUGAUUGAAAUACAUCAUCGAGUAUCAGUUUUAUAUUUAUUAUAUCUAUUAUAUAAUUCCCAAUAUUUUAUUCCACUAGAAGAUUCAUUUAAACAACCACCUUCAACAUUAUAUAUAAAUCCACUUCGUAUUCCAAUAUCUUUAAAGACUUUUUAUGGUAUAUAUGAGACAUUUAGAGACUGCAGUAAAUAUGAGGUCUUUCCAGAAGCUAAAGCUAUUAUUUGGCGUCUUAUAAAUCAUGAUAUUAUUAAUAUAUGCUUAUAUGAUGGUCCUCAAUAUUAUUAUAAAGAUAGAUAUGGUAAUCCUUUAACUCCAGAUUUACUUGAGACAAGAUUUUUAAAUAAUGAAGAUAAUAUAGAAUUUGAGGAUAAAGUAGAUCAGCAAUUAGAUCUUGAUAGUUCUAAAGUAUUUAAAAAGGUUAAUGUUCUCCAUGAAAAAUUAAUACAUGAGGCUUCCUUGAACUAUGAAUUACAAAGUAGUAUUAAGAGAAUAUUAAGUGAUUUGGAUAUUCAUUAUAGGCAAUGUAUUGAAUAUAGAGAUGAGUAUUAUAGAAUUUGUGAAGUUAUUAAGAAUAUACCUAAAAGUGAAAUAUUUAGCAAUAGUGUACCUAGAAAGAAGAUAAGAAACUCAAGUAAUAGUAGAAAGGUAGAUUUUGAAUAUGGUAGAGUGGAAGCAACAGAUAAUAAUGAAUCUAAUGACAAUUUAGACAAUUCAGAGUUUGACUUUUAUAAAAGCUGGCAGGAUUUAAGAUGUUUAUCAACGAUAAGAGAUAAUGAAGAAGACUUAAUUGCUGAUAAAGGUUUAGAAGUUAUGACUGAAGAAGUAAAUACAGCUAAGAGUAUAUCUAAUAUAUCUGAAACAACAGAAGAAGGAUUAAAUUUGGGGAAAGAAGAUUCUGAAGUAAUAAAUCCUCUAGAUCUGGACUACAUUUUUAAUUCUAAUCAAGAGAAAAAUAAAUUGAAUAGUGCUACUGUUACUGGUGAUAAGGAAGUAGAUUAUAUUUUACAGAGAAUAGACAUACUAACAUCAAUAAAUCGUACAAUCUCUUAA